UGCUGGUAUGCUUGUUGCAGUCGAUUCUAUUCCUAUUCCGGCACUAAAGACUGGUAGUUUGCUGUUUGCAUUGCGUAAAUUCCUGACAACACAACUAUUAUCUGUACAAAAGUGAUCUUCGUGUGCUCUGGUUGCUCUGCUGUGCCUGCACAUUGCAUCAGUGCCAGCUGCCAAAUCAUUGGGCAUCACAAGUAUUGCACUGACCGAAUAAGCAGGCAUCGAUAGAGCAAGUUGCGAUCUGAAGUUGGUUACGUAUCGUGACGUGUAAAGAAAUUUCAUCUUUAACUUGUGACAGAAAAAAGCAGUAGUUGCAUUUUAAAUAUUUAUGGGCUGUUGUGCCAGCGCGACAUGCAUUUGUACGAAAACGGCAAUCGAUCAGCAAUCUACAGAUGGAACAGCGUGUACGUGGAAUUAGAUGGGAUGCUGCAGCACGGCAAUGUUAUCGGCCUAGAAGAAGUCGCCGGCGGCUCAAAGCGCUUGAUCGUGGAUUUCGGAUAUCCGGACCAACGAUCAGUGUCCAUUGAAUACGGGAAGAUUCUUGAUUGUUCCGAUAAAAUGAAGGCUGAUGCAACGUGGACGUCUUCAAGCAACCAGCUGUCCGGUUUGCUGACCGGUGCGGAUGAUAGCGCCAGCGUGGAGGUACUGAUCCGCGAUCGCCCCAGUCAUCCAUGGAAAAGGUAUCCCUCCAAACUGCUUUUGCACCAGCACUGCAUGGAAGAUUUAACAAAUGAUGCUGUCGUGGAGGUGAGACUGGCCAACCACAUCAUUCACGAACUGCUUCCACGGAAACAAAUGCGGUUGCCGCUGUCAAAAGAGGCCCGCCGGCUCAGAGUACUUCAACCUGGUCAUUUUGUAUUGCGCUCGUGCCAGUUCGGAGAAGGAUUUUGGACUACGCUAGAACCCGAGAUUGCAGCUCGUGUUCACCGCGAAAUUGAUGACACUCGCAUCGUUUCUGUCGUGGGCGAGACGAUGGUCUAUCUCCAGCGGCACGCUGACAAACCACUGGAGGAGGAGAAUUUAAGCAAGAUGUUUACAUUGUUACUCGACAACAUUCGCAACAGUAUUAAAAGAGAAACCCGCUACAAGUCACCUAUUGUGAUGAAACAAGCGGAGACCGCGAGCAACGACGAACUCUCUUUGAACCUGCCAGUGGAGUUACUGAAGGAAGUCUUUCUGAUUCUGGAUACCAUCGAGCGGCAGCGUUGCCGGCGCAUUUGUCCGCUGUGGAACGAAGUUAUAACUUCUCCAGAGCUGUGCCGCGAUGUCCAUGUGCACCUUUAUCCAAAGCAGACUAAUAUUUUUCCGAAUUCCCAUUACGGCGCUUUUGCAAGCAUUUUCAAGCACUUUACAUCGAUGACGCGGACGGUUUUCGUAAGAGACGCCGUUAUUUUUGGCAUAGACAGUAAAGGACGGGAGAUCCAAAGCAGCGCCGGUGCGGCGAUCACCUGCAUCCGGCACUUGCUGGAAACCACCGGUACUCGCCUGGAUCUGGUGGUGCUCAUCGACAGCAAUACGUCGGUCUUCGGCCGUCACUGGAAUUUGGGAGAUUACUUUAACAACCUGGCGCAGGCAUACACCGGAAUGGCAGUGCGAGGCGCUCGCAUAAUUUGGAGGAAUUGUUCACUUUCCUACUGUGAAGAAAGGUACUCCAUCGUGUUCCGCAUUCCCCAUGCAGGUUUCUGUCUGCGUACCAUUAAUGCGACGCAUAUUUGGAACUUGUUUGAGGAACACUUAGAUUAUGGAAAGCCACUAGAAGCGGAUCUCACUGCGCAGUGGAUAGAAGAACAGAUCACGACAAAUUCCACUAGAAACUGUGUUUCAGUUAUCCAGAUACUGGACGCCUGUCAAAGCUGCGAUCCGCGUCCACCUGCGUAUUUGUUCAACCGGAAGUGGACGCUUGACAAUCUGGGAAGCUUACAAAUUGGAGGAUUAAAUCGGCUCUGUUUGUAUGGACUGUCUAACUACAUUUUAAAGUGGAGCGGAACAUAUUCAGCAAACGACCGCAAGCUGUGACAAGGAAAACCCAACCAAUAAACUGCAGCGUUCUAUCGCCAAAUUAGGAUGUUUUGGUUUCACCUUUUGAACACAAAGAGCUUAGAAGUGCUCUAAAAACCGAUACAGUCUUAAAAACGAAAAUAUAGCACAUGUGUACUUAAAAGCGAGAUUAGAUUCCCGUAAUCAGUAUGACUUUUCCCGGUAAUUCGCACCUGAACGGUUUAGCCAAAAUCGAUGUUGUGUUAUGUCGCAGUGACAGUACCUCUGUAAAGUAAGCAAAAGUGUUAAGUGGAUCUUACCACAAUCUUGAACAAUAUUGAACCGUGCGUGGAGACUACGGAUAUUACCAAUACUCGUAGCCAUCCAAAAUAUGAUUAGUUUGCAAGGCUGAUCAGAUCGCCCUGCAAACUCAUGCAACACGGAAAUUAUGCCCAGAUGACCCGCUGAACUCAAACCUAUACUCCUAGCGAUGAACUCCCUCACUACGAGCGAAAUCAUCAGAACGCUUGUCCACGAACACUGAAAGGGUAUCUGUUCCGCUUUCCGAACGCCGUUUUGGACUGCAGGAUAUUAUUGCGACACGGAUUUGGGAUUUGUUUGAUGAGCACCUGGACUAUGAAGAACCGCUUGAUGUGAAAGUUAUUACACACUGUAUAAA